AUCUAUGAUGUGGUGGUAAAACGAUUGAGCUUCUUUUCAGCAGCAUUGGCACGACGAGAAAACAACCUCUGGGGUACUCAUCCUGACUUGCCAGGAGAUGCAUGACAGGAAUGGUUGCUGGUCAUCGUGCUUCACGAACGAUACCCCAAUAUGACCUCGAGUGGUGCUUACGCGUGCACCACCCACGGCUACAUCGCCGGUUGGAUGCUAGCUGAGAAAUACCUGGUCCAUCCGCGGUUCUGAGACUGAUUCUGUCUGAAGACCCUAGCGCAAAUCACUCGUCGAGCCAAGACCAAAGUUGAGAUGACUACGAUACCCUCGCUGGACGACAAAUAAACGAUACUAUGCAAGGGUGGUGCGUGCUUUUGAGCAGGCACAGCCUGUGUUGUGCGGACGUGCUUUUAGGACCCAGUCUCGCCAGUGUCAUGGCCUGGCCUGGCUGCCGCAGAGCCUCAAGCCGGUCUCAGGCGCGGAUCCACUGGUCCUCGCGUGCCAAAACACUCUUUGGCGCGGGCGCGCUCAAGUCUGGACGCUGGGAUCUUCAAGCUGCCGUGUUUCAGACUCGGUCGAAUUGACGCAACGCCAUAAUCAUUGGUCCGCGCUUGGUGCGUGCUCGUGCGAUGGGAGGAGUGCAUGAC